UGCCGCCCUACAUGUAAACAGAGUGGUGUGUGGCUUUAACCAGUCUCCGUAUUCACAGGCCAACCCUAGAGGACCUGCUGGGCAGCGACGCCCUCAGCCCCAACACUGCCUUCCACGCCCUCAAGUGCACGAAAACCUUCCUGCAGAAGUCGGGGCAACUCGACAGUAUCUAACUCCCGCCCAGGUGACAGGACGGCCAACACAACCAACGACUCCUGAUAACAACUACCACUGACGGGGCUCUAGAGGCUGUGGGCCCACAGCCUAACUAACCCCAUAAAACACCCACGAAGAAGAAGAAGAAGUGGUGUGUGGCUGGCCGCGUGGUCUGUGACACCCUCAUCCCCACCCUGGCCAGGGCGCGGCGCCCCACACAGCAGAACACUUCCGGCCACGACUCCACUCAGGGCCCCACACCAGCCCCAGCCAGGCUCCACACCCUCAUCCCCACCCUGGCCAGGCGCGGCGCCCCACACAGCAGAACACUUUCUGCCACGACUCCACUCAGGGCCCCACACCAGCCCCAGCCAGGCUCCACACCCUCAGCCCCACCCUGGCCAGGGCGCGGCGCCCCACACAGCAGAACACUUCCUGCCACGACUCCACUCAGGGCCCCACACCAGCCCCAGCCAGGCUCCACACCCUCAGAGAUGGCAGAAUAAAAGAAAACUGAGUAUUAGACAUCUGGUGAGCUGCAGGAAGGGUUGGGGGCGAGGCUGUGUAUAUAUGGCUAAAAGUGUUUGCAAGACACUCCGCCAUGCCACUGGGAUCACUAACUGUUGACCCGUGCCCCAUCAGGACGUCAUUGUCUCCAGUCGUGUGGUCCAGUGAGUCACCGCUCUACCGCACGACAGUGACCCCAAGGAAGUCCCGGUCCACAGCAGGGAUGUGGCCACCCCUGGCCACAGCCCCAAGUGUUCCCUGGUGGGCCAUACUCACUGAGCUCCUCCUCCUCCUCCUCCUCCUCCUCACCCUGCUGCCGUGGAAGGACAUGAAUGAACCCUCAAACCUCUGGUCCAGGAGUCACCACAGCUGUCAGCAGAACAACUUGGAGCGUCCGCCCUUCCUGCCGCCAGUGGUCAGAGACUCUCUCUUCUGCCACACGGUCUGCAUGUCGGCAAGGCACUACAUCGGACUCCACUACAACCUCCACAACCUCUACGGAUUGUCAGAGACGAGUGCCACCAACGCCCCCGGAACACCUCGCUCGACCUACACUCAUCCCGAGCGAGGCUUCACACUACCCGCAGCGGAACGCCUCGAACGCCCUGCCCGAGCUCCACCGGCGCGAGUGGGGGGGCCCUGACGUCAGCAGCCGAAGCAACCUCGGACGUUGGUGCGCUGAGGACGGGAGACGACUCCAGGACUCGGUCGAGCCAGCUCGCUAGGCACUGGCUCCCCUUCACCACCUAACGAGUCCUCCACCUGACGAGGCUGCUGCCGCGUUACGCCCGGCCCGGCACUGCCCUCCAUCACUCAGCCGUAGCACCGCCGCGGUCUACCCGGGGAAGACACUGUUGGCCCCGAGACCAAAUACCCGGGCCGCCCUUGAUGGCCUUACCACGCCGGCCUGCCUACCUGUCUCCCGUGGGCUGUGCGAGCUGAAGUGCAUAUU